AUGGCCGAUGCUGAUGGAAAAAAAUUGACCGAGUUGCGGGUCAUAGAUCUUAAAACAGAAUUAGAGCGACGUGGUCUAGAUAAAACUGGCAAUAAAGCCGCACUUCUAGAUCGUUUAUCAAAGGCGAUUAUCGAUGAAGGCGAAGAUCCAGACGAGUAUCUAAUCGUUCCAUCUGGUGGAUCAAAUAAAAUUAGCCCACGAAAAAAUAGUGGUGUUGUAGCUCAAGAAGAACCGGUAGAAAAUCAUAAAGAACCACCUGUAAAUAAAGAAGUAGAAAUUAUAACGCCCAAAGAAGAACCACACUCGGAGACUGAAGAAGAGAGUAAACCCAUUGAAGAGGAAAUGGAACAGAAAGAACAAGUGCCUGUAAAGGAAGAACCUGCAAAUGAAGAACCUGUAGAAGAAGAAGAAGAAGAAGAAGAAGAAGCAGAGAAGAUGGAAACGGAACCAGUAAGUGAUGAAGCCUCUAAAGAGGUGGAUGAUAAGAAAACUCCUGAAUCAACACCAGUUCAAGACUCACCGACACCGAUGAUAUCAACACCUGCACCUAAACAUAUUAUUGAAGAAAAUUCCGCAGCUGCAGUUGAAGCUAAUGGUAUUGAUACUGAGGAUUCGAUUAAUUUGACCAUCGGGGAAGACGAGGAAAAUCUCCUUGCCGAGGAGACGGAGACUCACGUUAAGCAGAAAGAUGGUGGAGCGAAGAAGAGAAUUGAAGAAAACAACAAGAAAGGAGAAUCCAAAGGGAGCAGCAGAGCGGAAGGUGGCACCGGGAACAAGGAUGGCAUCUCAUCUGGUGAAUCUGGUACCAAAGGGCAGAAAAGAGAUGACAAGGACAAGAAAAUAACGCAAGGAAAUACGGCUAAUGCAAGUAGCCGCAAUCUCUGGGUCUCGGGAUUAUCAUCGACAACACGUGCUACAGAUCUUAAACAGAUAUUUUCCAAAUAUGGAAAGGUAAUUGGCGCGAAAGUUGUUACUAAUGCAAGAACACCUGGUACAAGAUGUUAUGGUUACGUAACCAUGUCAACAAGUGAAGAUGCCGCUAAAUGUAUUCAACAUCUUCAUCGUACUGAACUUCAUGGUCGUGUUAUAUCUGUAGAAAAGGCUAAAGGUGAUACGCAACAGAGUCACAUGCGUAAACGUGAAUCCAAUAACGGGAAGAUUGAAAAAAAAGAUGAAAAAGAUACUAAGGGUAAGGAUGUUCAUACUGAUCCUUCUUCAGUCGAGAAAAAAGAAAAGGAUAACAAAAAGGAAGACGAUAAAAUUAAUGAUGCCAAAAAAACCGACGAAAAAGUACACAGUACAGACGAUAAAAAGUCAGAUUCAUCUGAAAAGAAAGAUGAUAAGGAUGCUGAUGCACGUUCAACUAAAUCUACGAGCAAGAAACCAGAAAGUGAACGAGGAAAGCGUGAUGAUAAACGUGGUGUACGUGCUUAUGAUCAUCAUCGCUCCCACUCACGAUCUCGUAGUCGAGAACGUAGGAGACGCGAUGACGUAUUGACAUUCGCGAAAAUAAGGGAGGAACGAGAAAGACAAAGAUUACGCGAGCGAGAGCGUCUCGUUAGAGAAGAAGAACGUAGACGCAGAGAAGAAAUGGAUCGUCAACGUGAAAUUGAACGCCGUCAAAGAGAAGAAGCUGCACGAUUGGAACGUGAACGUGAAAAACUUCGACGUGAACGUGAAAGAAUAGAACAAGAAAAGGCUGAGUUGUUACGCCUUGAACGUGAACGACAAAAGCUCGAAAGAGAAAAACUUGAACGCGAACGUUUAGAGUUAAAGAGACAGCAAAUGCGUUUAGAAGAAAGUAGACGUGUACCACCACCCCCAACUAUUAAACGUAGUUCUACAGAUCGUCGGGAUAUCCGUGACCUGUACGUUGAACCUGAUAGAAAACGUCUCGCUACUGAGCAUUCUCGUCGACACAGUCCUGACAGGGUACCAGACAGACGAACAGAAAUAAUGGAACGUGUUUCUGAACGACGAAUGGACACAUCACCUCCUGGUAGAUACGAAUCAAGCAGAGCAACUCAGGAUAUGGCUAUGAAGAAAGAUUUUAAACGUUCCAGUGAAUUUACUUCACGUAGCAGUCGUCCGGAAACAUUUACUGAUGUAUCCAGAGGUAGAGAGGUCAUUGUCCGUCGUGAAUCAUUACCAACUCAGCCAUCAGCUAUUGAUCCGAGACAAGUUAAAGAGAGCAGGUAUGACCGACAAUCUUACGGUCGCAGUGAGCGAGAUGUUAGGCGUUCAGAACCAGAGCCUCAUCGAAGUUCUCGUGACGCUCAUGCUGGACGAUAUAGCGACAGUAACAAGCCUCCUGGAUCAAGUGCACCUGGACGCGAUAGUCGUUAUGCUGAAAGCGGACGAACACCAAGUGGUUGGCAUUCAGGACCCCCUUCAACAAAGUCGUUUAACUCAUUACCAAGCAGUGGUCAAAGAGGUGGAGAUCCUCGUGAUCAGCCGACAUCUUGGAGUAAUCGCACAACUGACAAUGUCAGUAGAUGGAGUAAUUCAAGCAGCAUGGCGAAUGCUCUUCGACAUCCUGGCCCGCCAAUGGGUUAUCAAUCAAGUCAACUUCAAUCACUUGGGUUGUCAGCGCCAGGCACUACGCCCUCGUAUGAUCGAUUUGAACCAUAUAAAUCAACUCUUGCUAAUAUGAGAAAGUAUUAA